AUGUCUUACCAGGAAGCAGUUGACGAACUUGAAUAUUCUCACAUUCAAGAGCUAACUAUCCCACAAUACGAGCAACAGAUAACUCCUACUGAAAGUCCAACUGUACAAACUCCCAAAGUUAUUCCAAUGCCUGUCCAGUCGAAAGUUGCGCUCAACGCGCCAGACCGUUUGCUCUUUAGAUUGAACGAACUUAUGAAACCAACCAAAGAUCUUGGUUCUGUCCUUACAACCUUCAACUAUGGCCUCUACCUCUUGGCUUACUUCGACUCCAAAGCCUACAAUCUCAAGUCCAAAGCCCUUUCGUUCGUCAGACCAGAAACUGCUUUCACCGCCCUUCCUGGAGCCGCUGAAGCAGAGUCCUCUCCUUUUGCCAGAUUGGGCUCUGUCGUUGCAAAUGCCAGGUUGACCUUGAGACUCUUCGGCCUGCUCCCUAUUUACGUACGGGUCAGGAAGCUGAUUAGAGAGGGUAAGAGUAUGGACCCUGUACUCUACAUCAUCUCCUUUAUUCAAUGCUCCCUCUUUGCGACGUUCCAGCUCCUUGAGAAUAUCGCAUUUCUCAUGGAGAAGGGUGUCUUGAUGAAAUGCGGUCUGGGAUGGCUCUUCAACGGCACAGGAGGACGUGUUGCAAACAUGUAUAGGGUCGCUCACCGUGCUUGGUUCUUGGGCAUCAUCUGUGACUUUGCCCGUCUCAUGCGUGAGGCUCAGAUAUUCUUUACCAAGAACCAUCUUGAGAAGGGUGAGAUCACGCGAGAAGAAGCUGAGAAGGCAGUGCAGUGGUACUAUGAUUGGAUUCGUCCUCUGGCUUGGCUACCCAUCGGUUGGCAUCUCUCAGGAUGGAUGGGAGAUAAGGCGCCGGGUUUUAACUUGGGAGUUCAGGGGGCGGCGGGUGUUUUGGCAGAUCUUAGAAGGACGACUAUGCUCUGGCGUGCAACUCAGGAAGCCUGA